GCCUAUAAAUAUUUUGGAAUAUUGAGGGGGAUAUUACAGCAAAAAUUAAGAAAGAAGGAGGACAAUAAUGGAGGAGAGAAGUCAGCAUGCAGAGAGGAAAAAGGGUGGUAUCAUCACUAUGCCAUUCAUCUUUGCAAAUGAAAUAUGUGAGAAAUUGGCUGUGGUUGGUUUUGGUACAAACAUGCUCAGCUACUUAACAACUCAACUACACCUGCCACUCACUAAAGCAGCCAAUACUAUCACCAAUUUUGGUGGCACUGCAGCCUUAACGCCGCUAAUCGGGGCGUUCGUCGCAGAUGCAUUCGCCGGAAGAUUUUGGACCAUAACAGUUGCUUCUAUCAUAUAUCAAAUAGUUAAGUCUCUUUCUCUUUUUUCUUAAUGCGGAGUCGUGUUGAAUCAUUUUAUAUAAAAAUUUAAGCUACCACGAAGUCUUGACUUGUGCAUGAUUUUUAUAUAUGUGGUGAGGCUUCCGCUCGUCAGCCAUGUUCAACCUUUUCAUCUAAAAGUUUAAGCAGUUAAAAACGAAUAAUACCUUUAUUUAAAUUAUGAUUUCAAACUUCAAACCGUAAUUAGCUUAACUUUUAGUUAAUAAAAGAAACCUUCUUGUGUUUCAUGCAAGAAAAUAAAUAAUUCAAUGUAUAAAACUUACAAGGUUUUGAAUUAUAAAUCUUUAGGACAUAAAUAAUUAUUUUUAUUU